AUGGAAACAAAUGACUGUCAAGAAGUAAAAGUUGAAGUGAAAAUGGAAAAGGGAUCGGAAACUAAUGAUGUGAUUAAUGAGAAGUCAACAAAAAAUGAAGAAUUUGAGGAAAAAACACCUAGGCAAGUCCAAAUUAAGAAAAUCACUUCUGCUAAAGGAUCUAAUAAAAAGAAACAAGAAGGAAAAAAAAGGAAGAGAAUAAUAGUUCAAAGUGAUUCAGAGGAUGAUAUGUUUGGGAAUGAUGAAGAAGAAGAAAAACCAGAUGAGGAUAUAGAAGAAGAAAAACCCGUAGCAAUACUACCAAAAGAAUCAAUUCCUAAAAAUAAAAGAAGAAAAGCUGUGGAGAAAGUUUAUACAGAUGAGGAAGGAUUUGUCGUUACUAAAACAGAAUAUGUUUUAGUGAGUGAAUCAGAAGAUGAUUUUUCAUUUUCAGGUAUGUUUGGGAAUGAUGAAGAAGAAGAAAAACCAGAUGAGGAUAUAGAAGAAGAAAAACCCGUAGCAAUACUACCAAAAGAAUCAAUUCCUAAAAAUAAAAGAAGAAAAGCUGUGGAGAAAGUUUAUACAGAUGAGGAAGGAUUUGUCGUUACUAAAACAGAAUAUGUUUUAGUGAGUGAAUCAGAAGAUGAUUUUUCAUUUUCAGAUAUGUUUGGGAAUGAUGAAGAAGAAGAAAAACCAGAUGAGGAUAUAGAAGAAGAAAAACCCGUAGCAAUACUACCAAAAGAAUCAAUUCCUAAAAAUAAAAUUAGAAAAGCUGUGGAGAAAGUUUAUACAGAUGAGGAAGGAUUUGUCGUUACUAAAACAGAAUAUGUUUUAGUGAGUGAAUCAGAAGAUGAUUUUUCAUUUUCAGAUAUGUUUGGGAAUGAUGAAGAAGAAGAAAAACAAGAUGAGGAUAUAGAAGAAGAAAAACCCGUAGCAAUACUACCAAAAGAAUCAAUUCCUAAAAAUAAAAGAAGAAAAGCUGUGGAGAAAGUUUAUACAGAUGAGGAAGGAUUUGUCGUUACUAAAACAGAAUAUGUUUUAGUGAGUGAAUCAGAAGAUGAUUUUUCAUUUUCAGGUAUGUUUGGGAAUGAUGAAGAAGAAGAAAAACCAGAUGAGGAUAUAGAAGAAGAAAAACCCGUAGCAAUACUACCAAAAGAAUCAAUUCCUAAAAAUAAAAGAAGAAAAGCUGUGGAGAAAGUUUAUACAGAUGAGGAAGGAUUUGUCGUUACUAAAACAGAAUAUGUUUUAGUGAGUGAAUCAGAAGAUGAUUUUUCAUUUUCAGGUAUGUUUGGGAAUGAUGAAGAAGAAGAAAAACCAGAUGAGGAUAUAGAAGAAGAAAAACCCGUAGCAAUACUACCAAAAGAAUCAAUUCCUAAAAAUGAAAGAAGAAAAGCUGUGGAGAAAGUUUAUACAGAUGAGGAAGGAUUUGUCGUUACUAAAACAGAAUAUGUUUUAGUGAGUGAAUCAGAAGAUGAUUUUUCAUUUUCGGGUAUGUUUGGGAAUGAUGAAGAAGAAGAAAAACCAGAUGAGGAUAUAGAAGAAGAAAAACCCGUAGCAAUACUACCAAAAGAAUCAAUUCCUAAAAAUGAAAGAAGAAAAGCUGUGGAGAAAGUUUAUACAGAUGAGGAAGGAUUUGUCGUUACUAAAACAGAAUAUGUUUUAGUGAGUGAAUCAGAAGAUGAUUUUUCAUUUUCAGGUAUGUUUGGGAAUGAUGAAGAAGAAGAAAAACCAGAUGAGGAUAUAGAAGAAGAAAAACCCGUAGCAAUACUACCAAAAGAAUCAAUUCCUAAAAAUGAAAGAAGAAAAGCUGUGGAGAAAGUUUAUACAGAUGAGGAAGGAUUUGUCGUUACUAAAACAGAAUAUGUUUUAGUGAGUGAAUCAGAAGAUGAUUUUUCAUUUUCGGGUAUGUUUGGGAAUGAUGAAGAAGAAGAAAAACCAGAUGAGGAUAUAGAAGAAGAAAAACCCGUAGCAAUACUACCAAAAGAAUCAAUUCCUAAAAAUGAAAGAAGAAAAGCUGUGGAGAAAGUUUAUACAGAUGAGGAAGGAUUUGUCGUUACUAAAACAGAAUAUGUUUUAGUGAGUGAAUCAGAAGAUGAUUUUUCAUUUUCAGGUAUGUUUGGGAAUGAUGAAGAAGAAGAAAAACCAGAUGAGGAUAUAGAAGAAGAAAAACCCGUAGCAAUACUACCAAAAGAAUCAAUUCCUAAAAAUGAAAGAAGAAAAGCUGUGGAGAAAGUUUAUACAGAUGAGGAAGGAUUUGUCGUUACUAAAACAGAAUAUGUUUUAGUGAGUGAAUCAGAAGAUGAUUUUUCAUUUUCGGGUAUGUUUGGGAAUGAUGAAGAAGAAGAAAAACCAGAUGAGGAUAUAGAAGAAGAAAAACCCGUAGCAAUACUACCAAAAGAAUCAAUUCCUAAAAAUGAAAGAAGAAAAGCUGUGGAGAAAGUUUAUACAGAUGAGGAAGGAUUUGUCGUUACUAAAACAGAAUAUGUUUUAGUGAGUGAAUCAGAAGAUGAUUUUUCAUUUUCAGGUAUGUUUGGGAAUGAUGAAGAAGAAGAAAAACCAGAUGAGGAUAUAGAAGAAGAAAAACCCGUAGCAAUACUACCAAAAGAAUCAAUUCCUAAAAAUGAAAGAAGAAAAGCUGUGGAGAAAGUUUAUACAGAUGAGGAAGGAUUUGUCGUUACUAAAACAGAAUAUGUUUUAGUGAGUGAAUCAGAAGAUGAUUUUUCAUUUUCGGGUAUGUUUGGGAAUGAUGAAGAAGAAGAAAAACCAGAUGAGGAUAUAGAAGAAGAAAAACCCGUAGCAAUACUACCAAAAGAAUCAAUUCCUAAAAAUGAAAGAAGAAAAGCUGUGGAGAAAGUUUAUACAGAUGAGGAAGGAUUUGUCGUUACUAAAACAGAAUAUGUUUUAGUGAGUGAAUCAGAAGAUGAAGAAUCUGAUGUGAAAGAUGAAAAACCAAAAGAAGCGGAGAAAUCUGUGCAAAAAGGAGAAAAGAAAUCACCUCCUCUAAAAGCUGCAGUGAAAGGAAAAAAAGGCAAACCUUUGGCAACCAAUCAACCUACCCUGAUGAAUUUCUUUAAGAAGAAAUAGUAUGAAUUUAUUAGAAUCUGCUUGUUAAAUAGACAGACCCUUUUGUAUAUUUUUGAAUUGAAUAUUUAUUAUUUACCCAGUAUGUUUAAAUUGAACUAAUGUUUUUAUUGGUAUUACUUGUUUUGUAUUUGAAUAAGUGCCUUAUAUGUGUUCUUAUAUGAACUUAAAUGUUUUUAAUUACCAACUGCCCAUAUAAAAAGGAGAUGAAAUAAUUAAGUUAUGAUAUACAGGGCUUAUUGUUUUUAUUAUUUCAAUCAUUAACUCUGAAAACAGUGAUAGCACAGAAUAAAGUCAUUUUGGUUGAA